UGUAUCCCCGCACCAUCGAAUCAGACAGGAUCGACUACGACAUCUUUGCGUAGAUGGAUAUCCGACUGCGAACAGCAGCAUUCACUCCAGGGUUCAAAAUGCCGCGAGGCCGCCCCCUUUCAUCUCGACAGCUCCCGCGUGGUUGACUGCGCAGGUGCGGAGCCAACCCUCAUUGCGUACCCCCUUGGAGCAGGAACCCCCUGGGCAACUCGCGGCUGGACCUACCCGGAAGGUGUCCUGUCCAAGCGCCGGCUCGUGUUUACCAAACAUCAAGUCAUCUUUCAGUGCCAGAAAACGCAGUUUCUGGAGAGCCCACUUGAAGUGUUGGGAGACCAUAUCGAGCAAUAUGUCGCCCGGAAUUUCACGGCAUCGACCGACGGCCUAGACGCUCUCAGGGGUGUUCUACAGCGAUACAAGGCAGACGAGGAUCCCCCCCCCCCCCUACUAGGUCUUUGUGGGGCGCCCGUCUCUCCUCGACGAGUGGCACCAUCCCGUUGGCAUGGCCAUGCCCGACAACUUCACGCUUGCUUCCCGAGUUGGACUUGGCUUGGGUGGAAGACGGGGAAGAGGACGAGCUUGUAUCUCUUAUCGGUUCGACUUGAUUCGGCCGCGUCAUGUUGCCCAACUGCCACUUGA